AUGCAAGGACUACCACACAGCUGUGACGGCCACACCCACGACACGGAAGAUGAUGAUUUGGGACAAUCGCUUCGACCUCAGAUUGAUUUUGCGUUGGUGACUUGCCUCAAUGAAGAACUGCCGAAUGCUGGAAAGUCCGUUUUGAAGUUGCACGAAGAUCGACUGAGCCCAGAACCUUAUUUGAAAUCCAACGAGGACGAUCCGGAACUCUUGUUGCACAUUCCGUUUACCGAAGCGGUAACGGUAAAGACGAUUGCCUUACGAACCCACGUUCCUGAUGGAAUUGAAGGGGCAGCGCCUCGAACUCUCAAGUUGUUUACCAAUCGAGAUGACUUGGAUUUUGACACGGCAAGGGACAUGGAAGCCCAAGGCACUUUGGAAUUAGUCCCACCCGAACAUUUUGUAGAAGGAACGAUCGAUUAUCAGCUUCGACCGGGUGGACGCUUUCAGAAUAUUUCCAGUUUGACCAUAUUUGUACAAGACAACUUUGAAUUUGACAAUGCUGAUGUCUCCACCUUGUUAUCCUAUGUGGGAAUCAAGGGCCGAGGCAGUGGCCAAAAACGCAUGGCAGUCGAGACAGUCUACGAAACGAGGGGUAUGAAGAAGGAUCACAAGGUCAAGGGAGAAUUUGGUGCCCAGCAAAUGCUUUAA